AUAUGAAAUUAUUUUAUUAAGAUCAGACGCUUGAGCUCUCAACUUCUUAGUGGCGAAGCCAUGAGGCGUUGGACAAUCUACUUGAUUCUGCUUGGUGCCUGCUGGAUUAUAUUGCUACGUCCUAGUCUGCAUCUGUAUCGGGAGUCUGGGCAUUAUAAACUAGGUGUAGCUAUUAACAAUGUUUUUGCAACCUUUGGAGAAGCCAAUAUAUAUACCCUGCCCGCCGCUUUGAUCUUUAAAUUAAGAAGCAGACACUUGGUUGUGGGUGAGGCCGGGCACAUCCAUAGUCUCAAUUGGGUAUUCAUGCUGCCCUAUCUGCUGCACUGCAUCCAUAGCUAUGUGAGUAGCGUGCAGCACGUGUUCAGCCUGAUUGCAGACCAGUCUGUGGUGGCAGCCGAGAACUAUGGACCCAUUUAUAUGAAGAUUAUUAUGAUGUUCGGCAUGCAGCUGCUCUCGGCACUAGAGAUCGCCUAUGUCCUCUUCUAUGGUGUUCCGCAGCAGGAGGAACAAGUCGUUGAGUGA